AGUUUGAUUAUCAGAAACGUUACGUUAAGUGAUUCCGGGUAUUAUAUCUGUCAAAUCAAUACUUCGCCUCCAAAAAGAUUACUCAAAUUCUUGAUUCCCCUUCAAUUCGAUAAAAUGCAAUCAAUGGAAAGCGAUUCUGUGGUCAAAGUCCGAGAGUCACAAAAUGUUAGCCUCACGUGUAAAGCAACCGGAAAUCCGAAGCCGUCAAUAAUUUGGCGUAAACAAGACGGUCAGCCGCUCCCCAUCGACACCAACACUAACCAAAUAAUAGUUCCGCCGACGAUAACGGUUCCCAACAAAAUGGUCUCGUCUUAUGUCAGACAUAACGUAACUCUCGAGUGUAUCACAGAAUCCAAUCCUAAAGCUCAACAUUUUUGGAUGGAUUCGUUGGGCAAUCAAAUCAUAGAUUUAAACAAAUUAAACAAAUAUUCUGUUAAAACUGUUGAUACGAAUGUUUAUGAAUAUGGAGUCCAAACCACUACUACUACUACUUUUGAAGAGACGGAAAAUAUAAUUACCAAUAAUUUCGAAAAUACAACUAAUUUUGAAGAGAAAAUAGAGACAAAUAAAUACCAUGUCUUGCGGUUGCAG